AUGCCUGUAAUAAUUCUAUUGGGAAGGUCGAGGAUGUAUCUAGACGAGCUAAUCUCUUGUCUGUCGGCGCACUUCCGAGUUGUCCAUUUGAACGACGAGUUCAGGGUCAUAAGAGGCAAGCUCAGUAACAUGGAUCCAGGCACGGCAUACAUAGUCGAGAACUGCGAAAUGAAGCCGCAGAGGUACGAGAUCUACUGCCUGGCGAAGCGCAACGAGACUUCGUAUUGCAUAUUGGCCGAUGGGGAGCUCUCGUCUUCAAAGCACGAUACCCCUCUAUUUUGUGUCAAGGAAAGGCUGCCUACAAAGGAGAUUCUAGACUGCCUUGAGUUUAAGCUCAACUGCAGCGUGGCGCACAAGAAAAAGGUUGUUGGUGCAAACUAUUUGAUGCAUCUCAAGAAGAUAAUAAAUCAGGUCAACGAGGAGAUGCCCGAAGGGUCUAGGGCUGUUCUGAAGGACUGCGAAGACAAGAUCAUGAGGAUGGUGAAGCUUAGCCCCCUGGAUCUUGACGGGAUUGAGAAAGUAUAUAGAGAAAUUGUCCAAUCGGAGCUUGCCGAAAGAGGAUUUGACUUCUGA